AUGGAGGGAGAGCCUGUAUUCAAUAAAGGUAAUUUUCUGUUUGAUUUACAUUUUGUAAUAGAAUUUAAAUAUCAAUAGUUUUACAGAUUUGUAAAAACCUAAAUGGAAUCUUGUUUUAUUUUGCAGUAGAGAAUGUAUAUGUUUCACACGUGGAAGAUGCGGUUACAUUUUGGGCACAGCCAUUGUCUAGAAUCCAUGACAUUUCUAAGUUGAGUGAAUCCUUAGCCAAGGUUUGCCAGUCGAUGAAUACUGUAUUUGGAAUUCCUGAUCUUGACAAGGUAAAACUAUUAUUCUUCAAAUUUACCAUGUUGAAUCUAUUUAAUGGAUUUAUUUUGUGGCAUAAUCUGCCAUGGACUAUGGUGGAGAGCAGAGCUCCCCAUUUUAACAUUCAAGGAGAGUAUGGGCUGAACAUGGCAGAUUUUGAAGAGGAAGGGGAGGUUGUGACAAUAAGGGCGAAAUGAUGAUGUGUAUCCUUUACACCCCCUCCCCACACCCUAUAUAAAGCCCAGUCACCAGCACUUCUGUGCUCCUUGUUCUGUGAACAAGCUGCCUAGUUUACACUCCUAUUUUCUGUUUGGUAUUUGACCUGUGCCCUAUCCUAUUCCUAAGUACCUUUGCUGUUUGAACAGACCUUCAACUUUGUUUUUGAUGCAUAUUUUCUUUGCUGGUACCUUGCUUUGGCUUAAUUUUCUUUAGUCCAUUUCUGCAUUCUGAGUUUCUUCCGUUGCUAUCCUGGCAAUAGAAUGGUAUCAUUGAAACUAUCAUUCUUGAUGUGCUUUGCUGACCAGUGAAAUGUUCAAAACCAGGGGAUUUAGCAUUCCUUGCAAUGGGAACAAGAAGCUCAUGAGCGGCAUGCACCACACCUGUCCAGUCAAAUGCUUCUUAUAGGAAAGCGUCAAUUGACUAGAGGUGUGUUUAGCCCUCCAAUUUUAACAUUUCCAUUUCCACAAACAUCAAUGUUUUACAAUGCAGGACUAAAAGUCCAGGACCACUGCACCCAGACUAAUUCAUUGAGAUGAAGUGUUGUGUGUACCUAUAGUGGUCCUUUAACCUGGGAACAGAUCUAUGCUUGUCUAAUGGCUGUGUGUGCUCAUGAAAUUGCUAUGAGUGUGGGUUUAGUAUUAAGAUGGUGUGGGCCCCUAUCCUUAAAUGCUUGUUAGAAUAGUUUACCACAUUGUAGGAAGCAGUGGAGCCUCGGACCACCUAAUGUUACUCUCAAUAUAUAUCCUACCAUGCAAAAAUAGACAUUGGUAUAGAUUUUUAUUUAAUCUAUUAAUGUCACAUUUAAUAUUUUGUUUUUUCUUUCUGGUGUUUAUUUUUAAUGUAAAUUUUUAUCCUUUUCAAACUUUGCAGAUUUAUGCUGGGUUGUUCUCUGCUGACAAGUGCUGGUACAGAUGUAAGUUACAGUAUGUUGUUAAUGAUGAACAGGUAAGGAAGAUAUUGCUUUGCUUAUUAGUGUUUUAAUAAAUUUACAUAUAAAAGUUUACUACACUAUUGUGUCACCCUGAUUUGGAGUUGUUUUGCACUAUAACAGUAUAUAUGAAUUAUAAUUGUAUAAAAUGAUUUACAUAUGUUAUCAUCUCCCCAUCUGUGUUCAUACAUUAUAUUUAUUAUACAUGCGGGUACGGAAGACUUGAAACCUUCUGAAAUAUUUGCUAAAAUACAGAAAUUGUACAUCGGAAAAGCUUCAGAGCUGUCAAACCCGUUUUCUUAGAUUAUAUUGUUUUGUUUACCUAUUUUACAGCGCUGUGGAAUUUGACGAGAUAGAGAGAUAUAUAUAUAUAUAUAUAUAUAUAUAUAUAUAUAUAUAUAUCUCUAUCUGUUUAUACAAAUGUUACGUUUUUACUUAUUCACAGAAGUAUUUUUCCCCUUUUUUUUUUUUUUUUUUCAUGCACAUUGCAAGUUAGCAGUUUAUUUUGUAAACUUGAUUUGUGCUACUGUAUUAAAAUCCACUAAAUUGUUCUCGGAUGUCUCUCCUGAGCACAGAAUGAUCUCCUUUGUGUACCAAUGUCAAGUUUUUGGGAAACUAGCGAGCUGAAUGUAUAACUUGCUUAAUUUAAUUUCUUUAAAAAAAAAAAUUGAAGAUUUGUUCCAUGGUGCAUUUUAGUAGCUUACAUAUUUGAAUAUGCAAAUCUCACAUGAUCUAUUUUGAGCUCUAUUGAGGUGUCAAUUUUUCAGUCUGUUGUAUUUUUAACUUUUACAUAUACUUUGUAUUUUUGCUGCUUAAUUUUUAAAUUUCAAGUGUCCCACUGUAAUACAAUUGUCUAACCUGUACUCUGCAACAUCUCCUGAGUACAAUACCCCAUGUGUGCACUUUUGCAAUGUAACCAUCCAAUUCUUAAUCUCAUAUCUAAUCCUAACCAUAAUUAUAACCCUAAUACUUUUCCAAAACCUUAUCUUAAUCCAUACUUUUUUUUUUUUUCCCCAUCCUAAUCCCAGGGGUUUCCCUCUGUUACUAUUGGUGCUGAUAUUAGCGAAGGAAUUUUAAGCUAAAACUGUGCAUGCAGCUCAUCAAAAAGUCUUUGGCCACUAAUUAUGGCCCUGUUUGACAGAGAUGGGCCCCAGGUAUCGAUUGAUACCUGGGACUCCCGCAUUGUCAAACUGGAGCCACUAAUUCGAACACCAGCUUAUAGAGGGGAUCCUAAGCUAGCAUGAUAGAUGGGCUUCUCAGUUACCAGCAGGUAAACUGUCCCUGCUGGUAAAAUACCACAUGAUGGGAUUAUUCCUUCAUGGCUCCUUAAGUGAAGGACAACCAUGACAUAAUAAUUCUGUCAUUGGUUCUUAAGGGCUUAAAGCCCUCCUUUGUUCCACUCCCACCCUCCCCGGCUCAGAGUGCUUGCUUCUGUAUGAGAAUCAUUUGAUUGCUCCUCUAUGUAAUUUAUAUAGUUUUAACUUUUAUUUAAAAAGAAAAAUAUAUAUAUUUAUGGCACGGGAGGUGGCGGAGGCUGAAUUCAAUAGGGGAAAUGAAAACUAUAGCAUUACAAAUACAGUAUUUAUAAUUCUACAGUGUCCUUCUAAGGGAUAUGACCCUCCCUCUUUCAGUCCCUCUGCUCCAUUUUCUCUCGAAGGUAGCACGUCCGUGUUACUGGAUCUGAUCUUAUGACUUUUCUGUUGCUGUCCAGAAAUUCUUUUGUAUAACUGGAUUAAUGAUGAGCCAGUUCCACAGUGGGUUUGUCACAUGUUAAAAAGCAGUUUGAUAGCACACAAGUUGAGAAAGCAAGGCUUUUGAACAAAAUACAAAAUAACAUGUUUAGUUCUUCAUAUAGUAUUGCAUCUCUCAAUUGCGUUUUUUAUAGUUGUAUCUCAUUAUUGCAUUUCUUGUCGUUGUCUUAUUGCAUUUCUUGUCUUAAUACACACACUGUAGAUAUUCUAUAGACCUAAUUAGCGAUGAUCCAAUAGCCUCUAUGCAACUGUUACAAAAACAGUGAGGGGGCAAUGGGAUGCGAUUUCUUCAAGAUUAAACGGACUUCCUGGUCUGUUGAGUACCCUCUAAUUUCAGAAACCUUUUUUUCUUGACUCCACAAUGCAGAUUUCUCGUUGGAUCAGCAACCUGUUUACAUACAUAUCAAUUAUAUCCUUGAAUAUUUUGUUUAUGCAAAAAAAAAAAAAAAAAACAUUCAAGCCUUUUUAAUUUUAACUAUCUAUAUAAUCUGAUAAAACAGCCCGUUUAGGCAGAGCACUCCAUAUUUUUAUUGUUCUUAAUAUAAAAUACCCUUUCCUCUGCUGUAAGUGAAAGCACCUUUCUUCCAGUUUCAAUGGGCGACCUUUUGUCUGUUGUAUAUUUCUGCUACUAAACAGGAUGGCACAUAGCAGUUUGUACUGAUCCUGUAGAGAUUUAUAUAUUGCCAUCAUAUCCCCUCUGAGGUGCCUUUUUUUUUUUUUUAAAGAAAGCAGUCGAGUUUUUCUCGCCUUUCCUUUUAACUAAUGCUUUUCUAUCCCUGUUUUGUAGUUUGCCCCGCACUUUUUCUAGUUCUGCAUGUAAGGUUGCUUGGUGAACUGAGGAUUAAAUUGGUAAUUUUUUUUUUUUGUCAGUCUGUUUGAAUUCCUGUGCUAAGGUGUUUUGUCCCCACCUCCUUUUGCCUCUUAUCCCACCUCCUGCAUAUGGGGGUUGUGCACAUAUGCAUUUCCUGUAUAUUGUUUCUUAUCACUCCAGUGAUUUGUAGUUUAUCCUUGAUCAAUGCCUGUUGCCUCUUCUGCUCAGGAUUUUGUUUUCUUUUUAUCUGAGACAUAAGUGACAAAUCUCUCCUUACAGUCUGGAUAUGGUUAUAGAGUUCUUCUGUGUUAUGUGAAGACUGCCAAAGCAACACCGAUACUAAGCAUUUUUCACUAAAUCAUGAGGUUUAAAAAAAAAUUAACUAUGAAAUAUUUAGGACCGAAUAGUUGAAUUGGAAACCUUCAACUCAGGAAUUCUCUUAGGGGCCUAGAAUUGUUAUGAAUGCUUCUGUAGUGACCAACAAGCAAAAGUCUAAGAUCACUUUUACUGCUUGACAGAUUUGCCAUUCUACUAUUGAUCUUAUUUGGGCUUUCUUUUGAUACAGAUCUAGAAAGAGGCCACUUUCUCUUUUUUAAGUUUAAAAAAAUAAUUUUUUUUCUUUAUUUGUGGAAAGUUUUUCAAAAUUUUCUUCAUAGGGGGCGAAGAGGUACAGAAAGGAAAGAAUCCAGAAGGUUAUAAUUGGAUACAAUGUACAUUGAGUAUUUACGAUAAUUAUACAUAGUUCAAUAUUAAGCAAUAGUAGUCAAUGACAUUCUUGUACAGGUAAAGUUUUCAUUUUGUUCUGUGUCACAAGGUAUAUAAGUGUUUUACAUUUGUUAUGGCAAUUUUUUGGCAUUUGGAGAUUUUCGUAAGGUGGCUUCCUCGAUGUUUGGGUUGUGUGGUGGGGUUGAGUCGCCAGGACCAGGUUUUAGCCGUAUCGGGUAAUGUGAUUUGCAGACUGAUGUCUGCGUGGUCAGACCAUGUUAUGGAGCCAAUUGACGUGGAUGAGACUAUGGGUGCCAGGGAAGGGGAGAUUAAAAAAUGGUCUAUAUGGACGUGUGGUUUGGGUGGGAGAAGAAGGAAUAUUCCCUGGAUUUCGCAUGUUGUAUUCUCCAGGCGUCUAGCAGGUGUGUGCGGGAUGGAAGAGUUUGUCUGAUUUAGUCGUAGGGGGUUGGCGGUUCAUGGAAGAUAUAGCUCUGCGUCUGUCCAUUGAGAGGGAUAGGGUGACGUUGUAAUCUCCCUCUACUAUCAAAUAGUGUGAGGAGAAGAGCGAAAGGUGAGCUUGCAUGGUCUUCCAGAAGGAGCUGUUAGGUGCAUAUAAUGAGCUGAGUGCGUAUUUAAGGGGGCCUAUUCGGCCCACGACUAUUAUGUCACGACCCAGGGGGUCUGUUUGCCAGUUGGGGAGCUGGCCAGGAAACAUUUAUUAAAAUGCCGGCUCAGGAGAGGGAAUGGUCUGGCUUGGGUGAAGUGGGUUCUGUUUGCACAUCUCAUGAGUUGGUGGCGUUUGGAGGGGUUAUUCAAACCCUUGCAGUUGAUAGAUACACAGGACAGAGACGAUGGCAUGUUGGGCUGUUUCUUCAGUGGUGGGAUAUGUCCCUUCAGGGAGGUGUUGGAGUGUGCGUUUGGAGGACUGGUUUGGCCUCUGAGAAAUUCACUAGCUUAGAGGGGUAGGGGUAAAAGACUGAGGUUGGGGGAGACGGAGCUGGGGUAGAGGGUGUGGAGAAAGUAAGGAGGUCUGGGUAUGUGAAAAAUACAGCCUUGACUUAUACCAGAGUGGUCAGGUUUUGAGAAGGCAGAGUCGGUCCGGUCUUCUGGGAAAUAAGGUAUGAGUGUGGAGUGUGUUCCUUUGUGUCAGCAGAUCUUUCGGGAGAGCUAGAGGGGUGUCAGGCUUAGGUCUGGUGUCUGCCCUACUGGUGUGUGUGUUUACAUCUUUGUCAACAAUAUGAACAGUCUAUAUCUUUACCGUUCGGUACUGUCACAGUGGGAGCUUGCAGGGUUUGUACCCGUUUGGAUGCAAUGUGCGUGCGGGGGAGCCACUGCUAGGAUUAGGGUGGUACAUGCAUAUUUGUCAUUCAGAUGGCGUCCGUAGUAACUUAGUUUAGGUCUGUACCCCCUGUCAAGUGGUUGGUUCGCCCGUCCGUCUUGCGGGGCAUCCCGUAGUCUGUUGUUUAGUGGAUGCGCUAUCCCCGUCAGGCGUUGGGAACCAGAGUCCCUUAUGGGGGAAACCGAUGUGGGCCCUGAGACUCGUUAUUUAAAGGGGUCUUUGUAAGGGUCAAGGGUAGCGUCUUACUAUUUCCGGGAUCCCCUUGCCAUCGGGACCUGUGUAUGUGUGUAUAUAAAGGCAAUUGCACCGGGUGUAGGUGGUAUGGGAUAGGAGGGGGCCAGGUAACCCAUUGCCCAAUGGUAUUUUGUGUGGCGAAUGGAGGGUUUAAUUCCCGGGAGGUGUGUAUGGCCGGUCCCCGGUUGUUAGGGGUGCCAUGGCCCCAGUCCAUCUAGGGCAGGGGUUCUCAACCCAGUCCUCAAGGACCCCCUACCAGUCCAGGAUUUAGGGAUUACCUGGGUGUGACUAAAGUGUUUAGAAAAAGGGGGAAAAAAAACACCUUUGACUCUAAGGUGUUUUUCUAAACACCUUAGACACACCCAGGUAAUCCCUAAAUCCUGGACUGGUAGGGGGUCCUUGAGGACUGUGUUAAGAAACCCUGAUCUAGGGGAUCAUUGGCCUCCCAGAUAGGUUUCUAUUUAAAGGGUUACUAUCCUCCCGUGGUUAUCCACAUGUUGCGGGCGGUAGUAGGUGGUGCCCGGGGAGUGUCCAAUGUCGCCCCUGUCAACUACGGUUAUACCCAGAACAGGGUGUGUUGCCUCAGUAGAGAUGGAUUCCCCUGUUUUCCCUUGUGGGCGUAGUGACCAGUUGUCUGCUAAGAGCGGACCCCGGCUCCCGUUAUUGGGCACCUUAUAUACCUCAUUAAACGGAAAGCAUACAGUAGUAGCAUAAAAUAAAAUACCAUAUAAGAAAAUACGGGCCUAUACUGUGGACGUCCCUGACUCUGGGUGUAUUGUCUUGUUGGAUGGUGUGCCCCGUAAAUCAUAUUAGCCUAGUAACAUGGGUCGGAUCUUGGUCUGCCCGUGUGGACAACAUUGUUUAGCAUAAAACCAUAAAGUAAGGGUAUAAAGAAUGGAGGUUCCCCGUUCCAGGUACAUUGCCUCAGUAAAGGUGGUGUGCUUAUUAUGAUCGUAUUAACACAUUAAUGAAACAACAUAUAUAAAAUGCGUCUGCUUGGGACAGGUCCGAGCCCACUUUUGUUGCAAUUGUUAAGUUAGUGUGGUGUAGCGUAAAACAUAAAGUUUGACCAUUACCCCUGGGGUUUCUUAGCUUGGGGUAUGUCGCCUCAUUAGGGGCAGUAUGCCCUAGAAAAUCUUAUGUGUAGGCAAACAACUUGUCUGCGUGAGAUGGGUUUGGGUCCGCACUUGGUGACACUGUGCGGUUGAGUUUGCGGCAUAAAGCAUGACGCUAAAAUAUGUGGGUGCCCGGGCUUGGUGAGCGUGGUAUAUACUCAUGAACCUGGUGACGAGGUAUCUGCUAGAUAUGAGCCUGGGCCCGAGUACAAUACCAUUAAAGAAUAAACCUGGGUUAACUUAAACCGAGUAUAAGCAUAAACAAUAUCUUUGUGAGGGGGUUGUUGGUCAGAAUGAGAACUGCCGUUCUGGUAAGGAGUGUUCUUAGCCCUACGGGUAGGAUCAAGUGGGUCCUUGGUGCGCUCCUUGCCUAAUUGACAGGGGCCUCUUUCUUUGGUGUUGACGGGGUGGGAGUGGAUGUCCUCCUGGUCUGGGCCCAUGGUCCCUUUGUUGGCCCAAUGUUCCUUGUGGUUGUUGAUUGGUGUUAUGCCGAUGUGGUUUGCAAAGUCCGUCAUUUUGUAUGUCUGGUUGACUUUUUCACGAUUAGCUUAAAGGGAUGACCCUACAUAUAUUUCCAUCCUUGGAGAGACCGUGCGUUAGUGAGAGGCUUGAGUUCCCUCCUUUGACGCAGUGUGGAAAGCGCCAGGUCUUAGAAGAAAUGUAAAGGUUGUCCUUAAAAGGUAGGCAGUUGAUCUCUUGCAGUGGUCAUCAGUUUCUCUUUGACCGGGAAGAGGGCUUGUGCGUUGGGUGAGGGCCCUCCACCCCCCCCAGCCACACAUUUUGUCCUUCUUAUACUGGGAAGUUGUCCUUAGCUGGUGUUUUGAAAUUUGCACAUAACUUUGUAACUGCUAGUUCUGUUUGGAAUUGAGUGUAUCUGGCUGCUUCUUCUACAGUCACCUCUUUUAACCUCUUAAGGACCAAACUUCUGGAAUAAAAGGGAAUCAUCACGUCACACAUGUCACACAUGUCAUGUGUCCUUAAGGGGUUAAAGGCAAUAAAAAAAAUAACUAUUAUAAAAUAUAUAUAUUUACCUGAUGAUUUCAUAUUCUUUUGUUUCUUUACUGUCUAUAAAGCUCCCAUCUCUUUCAAUUGUAAGGUCUUCUGACUAUGCUUUAACUGCCCUACUAACUUACAAUACUGUACCAGACUAUUUGAUCAGCUCUGGAAAUUGGGCCUUCUGUGGUUUGGAUGGAAAAAAAAACAUUUUUUAUGUUAAAAAAAUAAAUAAAACAAAUCCUUGUAAAAUCAUAUUUACUUUGUUUUCAUUUUAGUGUUCUGUCACAUAUGUUGACUAUGGAAAUUCCGAAAUUUUAAACAGAUCAAGCAUAGUUGAACUUCCAGAAGACUUGCAGUUUUCACCUGUUGCCCAGAAAUACAGACUCUGGGGACUACAGCUCAAAACACGCACUGAUAUUGAACAGGUAAUAUGCUGAAUGUUUUCAGGUUUUUAUGUGAUAUUAUGGUUGCUAACAAUUUGCAGUUUAUUUUACUUUCUAUGACACUUAUGUUUGCAUUUUCUGUAUUGUAAUGCCCUUUGCACACACUUGUCAAUAUGCUCUGAUCUGCCACAACAAUAAAACCACCUGACUUAUAUCAUGUACGUCCCCCACGUCUGCCAGAACAGCACUAAUGGGUUGAGGCAUGGACUCCAUAAGACUUCUGUAUCCUGUGGUAUCUGGCAACAAGACCUAAGAAGCAGACACUUUAAGUCCUAUAAGUUGCAAGGUAGGGCCUCCAUGGAUCGGAUUUGUUGUUCCAGCAGAUCUCACAAAUGCUUAAAGGGAUUGAGAUCUGGGGAAUUUGGACACCAAGGCAACACCUUGAACUCAUGUUUUACAAACCAUUCCUAAAGAAUUUUUGCAGUGUGGCAGGGGGCAUAAUCCUGCUGAAAGAGGUCACUGCCAUCAGGGAACAAUAUUGCCAUGAAGGCUUGUACGUGGUCGUCAACAAGCCCUAGGUAGGUGGUACAUGACAAAAUAACAUGCACAUAAAUGCCAGGACCCAGCAAGACAUUGCUUGCAUUCUUCCCAUAGUGCACCCUGCGGCACACUCUUUCCCAGGUAAAUGGUGCACACGUACCCCACCAUCCACCUGAUCUUAAAGAAAACUUGAUUCAUCAGUCUAGACAAUCUUCCAUUGCUCCAUGAUCCUGUUUUGAUGCUCACUUUCUCAUUGAAGGUGCUUUUGGCCAUGGACAAGGAUCAUCAUGGGCACUCUGACCGAUCUACUGACACCUUUCUAGCAUAGCCUACAUUAAGUUUUUCAGCAAUUUGAGCUACAGUAACUUUUCUGUGUGAUCAGACCAGACAGACUAGCCUUUGCUCCCCAUGUGCAUCGCUGAGCUUUGGGAGCCCAUGACCCUGAUACCAGUUCACUGGUUUUCCUUUCUUGCACCAGGUUUGGUAGGUACUAAUUGUCAGGAUUACAAGUUGAUCCAGCACGUAGAACUGUAUCACACCUAGGACUAACAGGUAACGUCUUACCGGGCCUUAGAAUGGCCGGACUUAACGUACCAGAGAAUAGUCAGAAUACUCGCCGAGUUCGGGGAUACAGAAUGAGACACAACGAUGAGGGAAAACCAAAAGUCAGGGAUACCAGAAUACAGGGAAGUCAAAGGAAGCCAGAGUCAAAUACCAGAAAUAAACGCUCAGAAACACACUCUCUGACAACCACUAGGGAAACUACGACAGGGCAAAGAGGGAAAGAAAGAAUGCGUAUAAGCCUUAAACAUUUCCAAUUGGCCGAAAUCGGCCUUUGACCCCAGAACGUGUGCGCGCGUCUCCCUUGUGACGUCACACGCAUUCUGACGUCAUCAUCGUGGGCGGAAGUGGGCCUAUAAUUUGGCGUUGAUCUGCAGCGGCCGGCGGCCCGCAACAUGCCGCAGGAGUUGGUACACUGUUGCAUGGCCCCUGAGCGCAGAUACUGAAAGGUGAGGAUGAAUAUAUUACACUAACCACUGCAUACCAGGAACAUGUAUAUCUCCCCUCCAUUAAUAAUGGGGUAUUGAAAUUCCAUAACAACUGAUGCACCGCAGGUACUGUCCCUAUUUCUUUUAUAACAUUUAAUACAUUUGCUAGUAUGUUAUGAUUAUGUAAAUCUGUUACUCCUCCUGAUUUACUGAACAUUAUUGGAAACCUGGUCCACAUCGGCUAGAGGGCCACUUUGCUGCCAUAUUUUUGUAAGAAAAAUAGGAUUACAUAUUAUACUUUAGGGAUGAACCGAAAUUUUCGUCCGAGAAUGGGCCUAUCCCAUUUCGUCCGAAAAAGGGUCAAAUCUGCAGAAAAUACCCCCCCCCCUCUCCCAUCCCCUGCGUGUGGUAUCGCAAUUACACCCUACAGCUAUCUCAAUAUGUAUUGCUAUAUAAAAACACUGUUAAUAUGGAUAUUAGAAUACCCACCUCCUACAUUAUUAAAGAACACUGAUAUGAUGUAACAGGAAGUGGUUGUUUCCGAGUGGCCAUUUUGGAUGAGGGCAGGAAUAAUGUUAAACUCUACAGAGAGUAUGGGCAGAGUGUGAGAACUGUUUGACUCUGCAACCAAUAACACUGUACCAAUGUGUAACAUGAAGACAUGCUUUGUAACACAUGAACUGAGUGUGAGUGAGACUGGAAAGGUUCAUUACAGACAGGAGACUAUUCUACACCUACAUAUCUACAUUAUAAACUGACUGCAAUACAGCGAUGCUGAGUGACUGCAAUACAGAGAAAAAAAUAAUCUGUUAAAUCUGAUUGUUACAUUGAACUGAAUGAAGAAUGUAUAUUGAUAUUAAAUUAAUAUCAAAAAUAUAAUAUUCAUCAGUCCUAUAUAACAAACAGACUUAACAGAUUUUUAUUUUUUUAAAGUUAUUUUCUGUCCAAUUUUGGUGUUACUUUUAAUAAAAGUGUGGUUAUUUUAUUGGCUCGUUUUUCAUAUUAGAUUCAUGAAGUCUAAUAUUAAUAGAUUUAUAGAAAAAACUAUUUUAAAAUCAUUUGGGGAAAAUAGUCAUUUUCGCCCAAGGGCAUCCUGAAUUUUUUUUAAUUUCGGUGCACCCCUAUUAUCCUCUACUAAAGUGUUAUUCCAAUUAAUUUACAGUAAGUUCCAGGGUUUUUGUUAUAUUUUAAUAUAAAUAAGUGUUUUGUUUUGUGGUUGUUGUAAUGAUAUUAAAUAUAUUUUAUAUGCCAAAGAGGUGAACAUUCUGUUGGAAUGUAUUUUCUCAACACAGGUUUUAAAGAGGAUACACUUUAAAGGUACAUUAAGCACUAUGUCCUCUUAAUGGACCACUAUAGUGCUUUCCUGGCACUAUAGUGCCCUGAGGGUGCCCCCACCCUCAGGGUCCCCCUCCUGCCGGGCUCUGGGGGGGUGGAAGGGGUUAAACUUACCUCUUUCUCCAGCGCCGGGCGGGGGACUCUCCUCGGCUGAAUGUGCAUGCGCAGCAGGAGCCGCGCGCGCUUCCAGCCAGUCCAUUGUGAAUGCUUUCCUAUGGACGCUGGCGUCUUCUCACUGUGAUUUUCACAGUGAGAAGCGUGGAAGCCCUCUAGCGGCUGUCAAUGCCCCCAUCCUCAGGGUCCCCCUCCUGCCGAGCUCUAGGGGGAGGAAGGGGUUAAACUUACCUCUUUCUCCAGCGCCGGGCAAGGAGCUCUCCUCCUCCACUCCGCCUCCUCUACUCCUCUUCGGCUGAAUGCGCAUGCGCGGCAAGAGCCGCGUGCGCAUUCAGCCAGUCCAUAGGAAAGCAUUCUCAAUGCUUUCCUAUGGACGCAAGUGUCUUCUCACUGUGAAAAUCACAGUGAGAAGCGCGGAAGCCCUCUAGCGGCUGUCAAUGAGACAGCCACUAGAGGCUGGAUUAACCCAUAGGUAAACAUAGCAGUUUCUCUGAAACUGCAAUGUUUACAGAAAAAAAGGUUAAUCCUAUCUGGGUGCCUAUAGUGGUCCUUUAAUGAAGUGUUCUGGGACAUAGAUGCAGCCCCUGCAGACUUGCUAUUGAAAACCAGGCCUUUUCUGAGAAAUCAUAUUGCUUACAUUUUGCAAUCCUCAUGCCCCAAGUAACUCAGUCACUAGUGUCUUUGGGCUAAAACAAAGUCAGUGAUUGAACCAAUGUCUGUAGUAUACUGCGGCUGGGUGUGCAUCCAGUACUCCACCAUGAGAGGCACUAGAUUCAUAGAGCAGCUUUGGGAUAGUAGUUCAUAAUAAUAGCCAUGCAUGUGUUGUAUGUCUAUAAUUCUCUUUUUUUAUUUUAUUAUGGCCUGUUUUGCUCUUGCUGUUUUCUAUAUUCAACAAAAUAAGGAUGCACACUAAUACACUAACAAGUAUAAUAUAUUUUAUUAUUUUAUUAUUUAUAUAGCACCAUCGCAUUCCAUAGCGCUGUACAAUGGUAUCAUUUACAAAUCAUUUAUUAGAUUUACCAAUAAACAAAUAUACAAAAAACUAAUAUAAUAUAAUAAAGCUACCAAAAAGAGGCAAAACUAAAAGUAUAAGUAUCCAAGUAACCAAUCCCCCAACGUUAAGGCAACACUCCUGCUGCCUUUCUCAAGUGCCUCUUUUUGGUCGCUUUAUAUUUUUCGUUUUUGUAUAUUUAUUUAUUGGUAUAUCUAAUGAAAGAUUUAUAAGUAUAUUAUACUUGUUAGUGUUAUAGUGUGCAUUCUUAUUUUGUUAAUUAGAAAUCAUUUUUGAAGGCAUUUGAGGGAAUGCUUUGAGGUUUUGCACCUAACAAUUUAAUUAGCUAUUUUUAGUUUUUUUCCUCAGUGCCAGUAUGUUAUUGUAUCUGUUUUCAUCUCUACUUAUAAUUUCUUCACACUUUAAAUGGUGCUUAGAGUAUCCCUUUUAAAUGCUGAAGAUCUUGCUUUCUGUGAUGGGCGGUAGAGCUUGUCCUAACACUUGUCGGUGAAUAACUUUUUGAAGUGCAUUCUCGACUUCAGUAGAUCUGUACAAUACUCUGUCAGAGAAAAGAUAUACAAAUCCACCUCCACAAGACCUCUGGAUGUCCAUUUAGCAGAAGGGGGUAUAGCUGCCGAAUUCAUUAUUUAGAAUUGUUAGAAAAGGUGAACAAGCCUAAAAUAGCACAUCUCCUGUUUGUUUUUAAUUCUGUUCUUGUAUACGUUUGGACAGUAUACAUUUUAUGCUUGUAUGUUAAGUGCUUUUGUAAUUUUGUAAUUUUUUUUUUUUGCCAAUUUGCUAACAGGGCCUGAAGUUACUCACCACUCUCAUAGCUGAUAAGCAAAUCUCUGUGCAGCAAAAAGCUACAUACAAAGACGGCACUGUUAUUGUCCAGGUCAUUCAUGGAAACCUUGAUAUUGGGGAGGAGAUGGCCAAAAAGGGAUUUGCUGAAAAAUGCAAAAUAGUCAGUAGUCCAAAUAAAGUGGAAGACAUUGCAGAUGAGCAACAGAGCAAUGCAAAGCAGCAAGCUCCAUGGAAGUUCAAAAAGUUAGAAAGGCUUCCUAUGCGAGAACCAAAAUCUUUUCCAAUGUUUAAUCCCUGCUCUAAUGACCACAGAGUACCUGAAUUGCGUAAAGAAAAUCUGAAUGGCAACAAUUUGUCGACUGUAAGGUAUGUAUAGUGACUCAUGUAUUUUUUUUCCCCCUCUUUUAUUUCAGUUUAAUCUUCCCUUCAGUACCACUAAAGUCACCUACACCUCUUCAUCUCAAUGAAGGACGCAGUGGUCCUGUAUGUUUAACUCUUCAAGGAUAACAUUAACAUUUUGUAGAAUGAUCAGUGUUUACCUUGAAAGGGUCAUAUUAACAGCCAUGAAAGGCACUUUAGCUACAUUGACAGAAUAAAACUGUCUUACAAUGUGAAAAGCAUUGGUUGCGCGUGUGACACUCACAGUUCAUGUGCAUUAGGUUAGGAAUGGAACAUUGCCAGAGGAAGCUGUGACUCCUUGAUAAUGUUGCGGGAGGUGGAGAUGUGUGUGGGAGUCUUGGCAUUGGAUUAAACACAUUUUAUUUCAUUAUGACAAGCAGGGAGCCCUCUAUAUAACUAUGGACAUGGGCAUUAUAGCGUUGGGAAUACAGAUUUAUUCUCUUACAGCGGGUCUGUCAUUAUCGGUCUUUGCAUAAUUUGCAAAAAGAAAAAACAAUCUCCAAACUUGCAAAAUUCACUGAUUCUAUACUGGGAGGGGGUGCUUGCUGCAUGUUGAAGCUGGACAGAAGGCACAGGCUCACUGGCACUUGUAUUCGCUCAGUGGAGCUAACGGAAGCAAAAGAAAACCUCCCUGGCUGGCUGACCGCCUAAGAGGUAAUUCUUAAAUGAUUUAUAAAAAUGCGGAUUUCUCAUGCAAAUAGUCGUUUAAUAAACUGUAUUUACACUGGGAUAUUCAAUUUGUGGAGUACAAAGUGACAGAACCGCUUUAAUGAUUAUUGCAUAUUUCCAUUAUUUACUGUCCUAUUUGUCCUCUUAUUUAUAAUCUUAUAUUGGGUACAGGUUAAAGAGUAUAACAGACACGACUACCAGAGAUGGAAUGAAAAUUGAUAAGAAAAUACUGGAUGAGAAUAGGGAGCUGAAAUUGGAGAAGGAGGCUUUGCUACAGAAGAUAAAUUCUUUAGAGGUUUGUAUGUUGCUUUUACCUUGUCAAAUAAAAUAAAUUGAAGGGAUGCAGAUGUGUCACUUGCCAUAUAUUUAAACGGACACUAUAGUUACCAAACUAUUUUAACUUCAUAAAGCAGUUUUGGUGUAUACAGUCAUGAGAAAAAGGAAGUACACCCUCUUUGAAUUCUAUGGUUUUACAUAUCCGGACAUAACAAUUAUCUGUUCCUUAGCAGAUCUUAGAAUUGGGUUAAUACAUCCUCAGAUGAACAACAACACAUGACAUAUUACAAAGUGUCAUGAGUUAUUUAACAAAAAUUAAGCCAGAAUUGAGUAGCCAUGUGUGGAAAAACGAAGUACAACCUUACUGCUUCCAUAAGCAUUAAGAGGGCAAGUAGCAGACAGGUGUUGCUAAUCAAAUGACCUUCUAAGAAUAAGCAUUAGCAAGUGUGACUACCUCUGCAAAAACAGCAGUUUUAGCAGUUUGCUGAUCUGGAUCAUUCAGGUGUUGUAACACAGGGCUUGACAAAUUUUGUUUGGAAUCUAGGAGCCAGCUGAAAAAGUUAGGAGCCAGUGUUUUUUAAACUAGUUUAAUUUACGAGAAAUAUAAAAGCCUUAAAGGGACACUACAGCUUAAUGUAGUUGUUCUGGUGCCUGUAGUCUGUCCCUUUAGCCUUUUCAAUGUAAAUGCUGCCUUUGCAGAGAGUAUACGAUCACAUGGCUCUGGGGGCUUGAUUGGCCGCAGGCGGACUGCCUGGGCUGUCAGGAAUUCCCCUAAUGCUGAAAUAAAGUAGGGAAAUUAAUUAUACAAAGGGGGUGUCUGUGAUCGCGAGAAAUAUAUAUUUUCGUUCAUAGUGUAUUUUAAUAUCAAAAUACGCUUAGCAUGGAACUGUAUAUAAAGAAAAAAAUCUAAAUUUUAAAAAAGGAGUAAUUUCAUUUUACCUGUAUUUUGAUGUGUGUGUGUGUGUGCAUAUAUAUAUAUAUAAUAGUGUGUGUAUGCACAUAUAAAGAAAAAUACAGUAAUAAAAAAAUACAUAUAUAUGUGGUAUUUAAAUUGAUAUAUGUGUAUAUUUAAAUUCUACAUGUAUAUUUAUGUAUUUUUAUUCUUUAUUUUUGUAGUGCAUUGCAGAAAUCAGAGUAACAAUGACAUUGCGAAGAAUAGCAUAAGAGAUUGUCUACAAGAGAACAUUUUACAUGUCUGCACACAUUUUAAAAUAUUGGUAAAUAACAAAGCAGGAUAGAUAGUGGUCCUAUAGAAAAAUAAAAACAGAGACCUAACACUUGCUAACUAGGACAGUAUCACGAGGUGAGAAUGAGAGAGCUAAACACAGGAAAAGAAAAGUAGAAAACAUUAAAGGGAUUCUCCAGUGCCAGGAAAACAUAUCCGUUUUCCCGGCACUGCAGGACCCUCUAGUGUCCCUUUCCCUCCCACCCCCCAUCCCAAGUUGCUGAAGGGGUUAAAACCUCUUCAGUGACUUACCGGAGUCCAGCGCUGGGUCAGGCUCUGCCUACUCUCCUCCCCCGCCGACGCCAGCUGGCCGGGGUGACCUAAUGCGCAUGUGCUGCAAUGGCAUAUUGCUAUGGGGAUUUCGGCGUUUUAAAACACUUUUCGUGUUCUAUGAACACUGAAGUGUCCUCUAGUGGCUGUCUAGUAGACAGCCAAUAGAGGAGUAAUACCUUCAAGGUAGUGAGUUCAGGAGCUAAUUCACUAUAAUAUGGCUUGGUUGACAAUAUAAUAGUUGUAUCCGUUUCUAAAAUAACCAGUAUUGACGGGAAAAAUAUGUAUGGUGUGUAUACCUUUAAAUCUGCUCAAGGCAGAUUUAGUCUGUUACACACCAAGAUACUCUGCUUAAAUUUGAAGCAACUUGAUUAUUACAGAUUCACAACAGCAAAAGUGUAAUCUGUACGGGGUUUAGAAUACACACAAAAUAUUAUAAUGAAUAUGUCUUAAAAUCAUAAGGUAGCACACUGGAUGGUGCAAAUAGGCAAUAUAUAACUUAUAUCGCAGAGAUAUAGAAUUAGCUUAAUCUCUAUAUAUAAAAACAGGUAAAUGCAGGUAAGUUAAAAAAAUUCCAAAAAACCACUGAAGAAUAUAUAAAAUAAAAAUGUAUAUUUAUUAAUAUUAAAAAAUAGAUGAAUGAGAAAAUGUAUUAAAAUUAAUGAAUUACACAGUACAAUUGUGCAAAAAAUACAAAAAUGGGGACCAGGAACGAUCUACAAGUCAGUUGUCAGCAUAAAUGUUAAAUUUGUAUCCUGAUAACCACUGUAACCGAUGAGGAUUACAGUGGAUACUAUGUGACAGGAUUUCAGUAUCUGUACUUGCCGGCUGCUGCGAGGUUGGCGUGCGUGCCAAACCUCACUGUGAUAGUCUGAUACCGGCAGUCCGUCAGUCCCCCGAUCAAUGGGGAAGGGAGCUGUGCUUGCUGCUGACAGCUGGCUGUUCUCCGUAUCCUGUGUCCUCUCACACUGUCGGCUUGUCUUACGCGUUUCGUGGGUGUCAGCCCCACUUCCUCAGAGACGUUAUGGAAUUCCAUCUAGGCGUGCAGUUUAUAUACAUGACUCAAUAAAAAACAAAUGUGGCAAUUACUCUAUAUGAGUGAAUUAUUACUGUUACAAUUGAUCUAUGUAUAUAAAAAACGGCAUAUAUAUAAAAACUAAUGAAAAAUACAUUAAUAAAUUCAUAAAGAUUAUAUACAUUAGAUGAUGAUAAAACAGUGGCAUGGAAUUAGUAAACUAAUCAAAAUUUAAAAUAGAAAUAAAAAUAAGAAAAAAUCGAAAUAGAAAUAAAAAUGAAAAUAAGAAGGAGUAUAAAAAGAUAAGUUGUUCCUCAGAAAUCUGUUAUAUUCAAAUGGUAACACACAGAUUUCUGAGGAACAACUUAUCUUUUUAUACUCCUUCUUAUUUUCAUUUUUAUUUCUAUUUCGAUUUUUUUCUUAUUUUUAUUUCUAUUUUAAAUUUUGAUUAGUUUACUAAUUCCAUGCCACUGUUUUAUCAUCAUCUAAUGUAUAUAAUCUUUAUGAAUUUAUUAAUGUAUUUUUCAUUAGUUUUUAUAUAUAUGCCGUUUUUUAUAUACAUAGAUCAAUUGUAACAGUAAUAAUUCACUCAUAUAGAGUAAUUGCCACAUUUGUUUUUUAUUGAGUCAUGUAUAUAAACUGCACGCCUAGAUGGAAUUCCAUAACGUCUCUGAGGAAGUGGGGCUGACACCCACGAAACGCGUAAGACAAGCCAACAGUGUGAGAGGACACAGGAUACGGAGAACAGCCAGCUGUCAGCAGCAAGCACAGCUCCCUUCCCCAUCGAUCGGGGGACCGACGGACUGCCGGUAUCAGACUAUCACAGUGAGGUUUGGCACGCACGCUAACCUCGCAGCAGCCGGCAAGUACAGAUACUGAAAUCCUGUCACAUAGUAUCCACUGUACUCCUCAUCGGUUACAGUGGUUAUCAGGAUACAAAUUUAACAUUUAUGCUGACAACUGACUUGUAGAUCGUUCCUGGUCCCCAUUUUUGUAUUUUUUGCACAAUUGUACUGUGUAAUUCAUUAAUUUUAAUACAUUUUCUCAUUCAUCUAUUUUUUAAUAUUAAUAAAUAUACAUUUUUAUUUUAUAUAUUCUUCAGUGGUUUUUUGGAAUUUUUUUAACUUACCUGCAUUUACCUGUUUUUAUAUAUAGAGAUUAAACUAAUUCUAUAUCUCUGCGAUAUAAGUUAUAUAUUGCCUAUUUGCACCAUCCAGUGUGCUACCUUAUGAUUUUAAGACAUAUUCAUUAUAAUAUUUUGUGUGUAUUCUAAACCCCGUACAGAUUACACUUUUGCUGUUGUGAAUCUGUAAUUAUCAAGUUGCUUCAUAUUUAAGCAGAGUAUCUUGGUGUGUAACAGACUAAAUCUGCCUUGAGCAGAUUUAAAGGUAUACACACCAUACAUAUUUUUCACGUCAAUACUGGUUAUUUUAGAAACGGAUACAACUAUUAUAUUGUCAACCAAGCCAUAUUAUAGUGAAUUAGCUCCUGAACUCACUACCUUGAAGGUAUUACUGUUUCUUAUUCCUUUUGGACAGGUUUGGGUGUAUCCCUGUCCUGGUUCAGUAUUGAACUAUCCACUUUGAGUCGGACUCCCUCAUCCCUGUGUAUUGCACUAGGCAGACCAGAUUUUACUAUAGCCAAUAGAGGAGUACUUAACCCUGCAAUGUAAAUCUUGCAGUUUAUGAAAACUGCAAUAAUUACACUUGCAGGGUUAACGGUAGUGGGAGUUGGCACCCAGACCACUCCAAUGUGCAGAAGUGAUCUGGGUGCCUAGAGUAUCCCUUUAACUUGUAAGGUUAGCCUUGUUAAAGCACAAUGGCUGUGGUGUUGUGACCUAAUAGAGAGAUUACAAUAACCAAAAGCUGAUGGAUAAUUGCUGCAGGAUGCCUGAGUCCCGAUUUAACCCUUGGCAGCCCUAGGUGAGCCCUGUUGCAGAUCCAGUAACCAAAGAGCCAGCGGUUCAAACAGGGAGAUGAAUGGGGGCGAUCAGGAUGCUCACUGGACUGCAGCACCGUCAGCUGCAACAGAUGGUCUCCAUCAACCUUUCUGGUAAUAGAACUCUUUCUCGGAGAACAUGAUUGGUGACUAAAGGGUCUCCUGACAGCUACCAUUGGCACAGAUUUGAAUUUCUGCAGGCUUUUGUGUCGUUUGGAGGCAAUGGUAUGUUGAGGUCUAGUGAGGUAUCUGUUGCUGGAGUAUUCCGUCCUCCGUGGAGAGGUCUAUAUACACUUUAUCUUGCGUAAACAGGCCUUCCUGGAAGAACGGGAAUGGACCGAUGUGCCGAUUGAGAGGAUGUCAGCAAAUUGUUCCCUGGUAUAUGCUGUCGUUGUUGUGGCUCGGACCAGAAUUGAGCAAACCACCAAUCCAGUCGGGUAAAAAUUGGAGAUGCCUGGUCUCCAGUGUCGAGCGGGCAACUGGCAGCUGCCAUUACACAAAAGGCGCCACACCUGCAGCAUACUUGUCAAAAUUUUCAGCACCAUGACAUGAGUGGUAUGUGCUGAGAUAACCAUUACAGAGUAUUCCAUGGUAUAACAAUAGAUGCGGGAAUUAAGUAAAGAUUUCACAGAUUUCAACAGUUUCUCUUUGAGCUCUGUCAAGAUUCAUCCAAUCGGCUCGAUGGCUAAG